AUGACGAGCCCUGCCUCCAUCGAAAAACCACCCGUCCUUCUCCGCGAGGACUCUAAGUAUGCGCUGGAGCAACUCUCGUUCAUAAUCACAACUGACAACUAUGAGGACUUGAGUAACCACGCUAUAGAAGCUGUGGGGGAGACAGGCGAUGCUAAUGAUGAAGGGUUUGAUGGGUCGUUGCCUAAACCACCGACGCUAGACCGUGUUAGGGCGAAGGCGAGGUCGAUGGAGGAUGAGCUUGCUGAACUGAAGGCUUGGAAGAGGCGAUGUGGUCUCCUAAUAUCAAGAUUUAUAUUUUCGAAUACUAAAGUUAAUGGAUCAUCUGGUUUGCUUGUGUUUCUUCAAGAGCAGGCCAUGGCACCCUCUUCGUCGACAGUUUUGCCGCAUUUCAUGCUUUCAGGUUGGGCAACAAACGAUUUGGGGGUGUCAAAAAAGAAGGGAACUUGUGGGGGUAUCAUUUGCUUGCAACGUAACUCAUUUGAGCCAUGGAAAUUGCGUGUACACAGUGCACGAGUGCCAACCAACCGAGGGCAUAGACUCAUUGUUGCUGCAAACCCUACAGAGGCAGCUGUAAUUCCAAACAAACCAUUGAUCACAAAAGAGGAUCUUGUAGCAUAUUUUGCCUCUGGAUGCAAGCCUAAAACAGAGUGGAGAAUAGGUACAGAGCACGAAAAAUUUGGUUUUGAGUUGGGAAGUUUACGUCCAAUAAGAUAUGGACAAAUAGCAGAGUUGCUCAAUGGUAUUGCUGAGAGAUUUGGUUGGGAUAAAAUAAUGGAAGGUGACAAUGUCAUAGGACUCAAACAGGGAAAGCAAAAGGUAACAUUGGAACCUGGUGGUCAGCUUGAGCUAAGUGGGGCACCUCUUGAAACUUUGCAUCAAACUUGUGCUGAGAUUAAUUCACACCUUUGUCAGGUUAAAGCUGUAGCUGGAACAAUGGGGAUUGGAUUCCUGGCAAUUGGUUUCCAGCCCAAAUGGGAAGACAAAGACACGCCUUUGUUACCAAUGGCAAGAUUUGGGAUUGCAAGGAAGUUUUUUUCCAAGCGUGGCUCACUUGCACUGGAUGUGAUGCAUAGAACAUGUACUGUUCAGGUUAAUCUGGAUUACAGUUCCGAAGUUGACAUGGUCAGGAAAUUUCGGGCUAGUCUUGCUUUGCAGCCUGUAGCAACAGCUCUAUUUGCAAAUUCACCCUUCACUAAAGAGAAGCCUAAUGGUUUCCUCAGCAUGAGAAGCCAAACUUGGACUGACAUUGAUGAGAGGCGCACUGGCAUGAUUCCCUUUGUCUUCAAUGACUCUUUUGGGUUUGAGCGCUAUAUUGAUUAUGCACUUGAUGUUCCAAUGGUUUGUGUUUAUCGGCAAAAGAAGUACAUUGAUUGCGCUGGAACGUCAUUUCGGGACUUCAUGGCAGGAAAACUUCUUAGUCUUCCAGGUGAAUUUCCAACCCUAAAUGAUUGGGAAAAUCAUUUGACGACAAUAUAUCCGGAGGUCAGAUUAAAGAGAUAUUUGGAAAUGAGGGGUGCUGAUGCAGGACCUUUGACGAUGUUGUGUGCUUUACCAGCAUUUUGGGUAGGUUUAUUGUAUGAUGAGGUUUCACUACAAAAUGUUCUAGAAAUGAUAUCUGAUUGGACCUCGGAAGAAAGACAGAUGUUAAGGGAUGAGGUUCCUAAGACUGGUCUAAACACACCAUUUCAAGGAGGCUUGCUAAAGGAUGUAGCUGUAAGUGUGAUAAAGUGGGCGAAGGAUGGCUUGGAAAGGAGAAGCCUCGAGGAAUCAGUGUACCUGAAUGAGCUAGCAGAGGUUGUUGCAACAGGUGUGACACCAGCUGAGAAGCUUUUGCAGAUGUAUAAUGAAAAGUGGGGACAUAAUGUGGAUCAUGUCUUUGAGGAGCUACGCUAUUGAGUUGAACUAGCUAGAUUCUUAUGGCAGUUCACUAAUGCCCUUUGUUGUGU